UCAGAGUAUGUCAGUAUGAGAUAGGUUUUAGACGACCUUAGACGACCUGGGACGACUGAGCAGCUCCGAAACGGCAAAUCUUGGGGGUGUUUCCAGUAUGCAGUAGUUAAUACCUACCAAAAGUGGUGCAAGGAAGGACAACUGGUGAACCGGCGACAGGCAUUUUCUAAAUAAAUGAACAGACCGAAAUUAAAACUAUUUAAAAGGAACAGAUUAUGUAUUAAAUGGUCAACAUUUUAACAGAUGACGGAAAUAUUGUUUUGGGUUAAAGUAAUAAAUAAUAGUUCGCCUCUUGGUGGCCAAAUGUGGUAUUGCAGGGGGAAAACCAGAAACGUGACUGUUGGCAAGCAUUAAUUUACACGAUUCACAUUUCUCACUUUAACUAUUUUGUACGAAUAUUUAUUUGGUAAAGAGUAGGCAUAAUUUAGGCAAUACUUCAAUCCAUUUAAAAAAAAGUGCAUCACAGGUUCUGGUAUUCAGAGGUACACAGAUGCAAAACAUGGGUCUUUUUGUUUGCAGUUUUAGCACUACUCCAAAACACGAAGACAGAAAGUGCAAAGCGUGCUUAAACUGCAAACAUGAAGACUCAUGUAGUGCACCUGUGCAAUGUUUCAGCAACACAUGCAAUAUUUUCUGAAUCAAAAUUUGCUCUGAGCCCUCUCUUACUUUCACAUGGUGCUAUUUCUUUACCAUCCAGUAAUAAUUAAACAGAUCUGGUGAGGGUUGGUGAAGGCCAGCUUUGUCAUUUGCCCAAAACUCAGAUAAAAUGUUUCCACAAUAUCUUAAGGUUUAGUUACUCAAGUAGGAUUGAUGGUAGACUUAAUGUAGGUUUUGCUUGUUUCACAUCUGUCUAAACGGCUACACUGCUAUAGUUUCAUUAACUUCUUUUCAGUGUUGUUUAUUCUAAGCAUGUUAUAUUUAGAACCAAUCUGAAUUACAGGCAUGGAUAGCAUGACUACAACAAACAAUUACAGUUGCUUAUGAGGAAUAAUAUUCAAAUGACCGGACUUUCACAAAAAUGGCACCACCUUGUACUACAAAUUCAAGAACUGUAAUAGCACAUAUUAAAAUUGCAUAUACAAAACAUUCUGCUAGGUAUACACAUAUCUACCUUUAUAUAAACACCUGCAAAAAGAAAUAUGUCUGCUUGGUGCUAAAGAGUAAUAAAUUUAAAGAGUACUAUUUAGAGAUGCACCGAUACAAAAUUUCUCUGCCAAUACCGAUAACCUGUGUAAAAUUUUAUCAGUGCAGAGAUUACAGAGCUUACAAACGGCAGUUUUGUCGUCAUUCCACACAAGAGACAUCUUUACACACAGCACAUAAUCGAUGUGUUUUCCCACCCUCUUUUGAUUGACAGGAUGUAAUCGGCCCUGAUCAUCGGAUGAUUUAAACCUAAGGUACAACUAUUUCUCAGUCAUGCUGCUGUCACUAUGCAGUGCUAAGUUUACUUCGGUCCUUUAAAAGAAAUGAAUUUAGUAGAUUUGUUCAGUCCUUCAAAAGCUAAAAGGCUUUAGUCCUAUUUUUGGUCAGCAUGGGCACUCUGACCGGUCUGCAGCUAUGCAGCCCCAUACACAGCAAGCUGCGAUGCACUGUGUUCUAACACCUUUCUAUCAGAGCCAGCAUUAACUUUUUCAGAAGUUUGUGCUAGAGUAGCUCUUCUGUGGGAUUGGACCACACGGGCUAGCCUUUGCUCGCCACACACAUGAAGAGGCAUUGGAUGUUCAUGACCCUGUCAACGGUUCAUCGGUUGUCCACCCUUGAACCAUUUUUGGUAGGUACUAACCACUACAUACCAGGAACACCCUACAUACCAGGAACGCCCUGAACAGCACUGUCCUAGUUUUCUAGCCAUCACAAUUUGACCCUUGUCAACAUCGCUCAGAUCCUUGCCCAUUUUUUCUGCUUUGCAGCAGAUCAACUUCAAGAACUGACUGUUCACUUGCUGCCUUAUAUAUCCCAGCCCUUGACAAGUGCCAUUGUAACAAGAUAACCAAUGUUAUUCUCUUCACCUCUCAGUGGUUUUAAUGUUAUGGCUGAUUUCUGUAUAAUUAAUUCAGUGUCUAAAUGUUUUUUAUACUCUAUACAUUUUGUAGAAGAUUUGAGUGAUCUUUGCCGGUUCUGUGGAGAAGACAUCAACAACAGUGAUCCAGGGUUGGCACCUGCUUGGCCAUGUUUGUCCUUGUCGGACAUCUCGGUCUGGAAAUGGGAACACCACCUUAAGCUCAACUUGGCAAAAACUGAGCUUCUCGUCAUCCCAGCCUGCCCCUCAAUCAACCACAACCGCACUGUACAGCUUGGCUCAACCACACUCAAGCCAACCAGGACAACCAGGAAUCUUGGGGUGAUUCUUGAUGACAGCUUGACCUUUAUUGACCACAUUUCAACAACUGCACGGUCCUGUAGGUUCAUCCUGUACAACAUCAAGAAAAUCAGACCCUACCUCACUGAACAGGCUACACAGCAACUUUUCCAGGUUCUUGUCAUCUCAAAACUGGACUGUUACAAGGCACUACGCUCGGGCCUCCCAGCCAGCUCCAUCAAACACUUUCAGAUGAUUCAGAAUGCAGCAGCACGCCUCGUCUUCAACCAGCCCAAAAAAACCCAUGUCACACCUCUCUUCAUCUCCCUUCACUGGCUUCCUGUAGCCGCCUGUAUCAAAUUCAAGGCCUUGAUGCUCAUGUACAAGACGUUGUGUGGAACAACACCCUACUACCUCAACACUCUCCCUGAGGUUUACGUUCCCUCACGCAAUCUGCGAUCAAUCAAUGACUGACGCUUAGUAGUGCCUACUCAACGUGGCUCAAGGUCCCUUUCCAGAACCUUCACACUAUCUGUUCCUCGCUAAAAACCCACCUCUUCCGUGAACACCUAACCAACCCAUAAAAAAACAAACAAACAAACAAAAAAAAACCCUACUCUGGCUCUUACACUUCUACUCUGCACACGUUGCUUAUUGAAGAACUCAAUUAAAGAUAUAUUGUAUGGUAGUACUACUUGUAUUGUUCUCUGCUUGAGAUAUUGCUUUGCUUGUAUUUUCUCAUUUGUAAGUCACUUUGGAUAAAAGCAUCUGCUAAAUGAAUAAAUGUAAAUAAUUCUGA